AUGCGGCCAGAUGGUAUUUCUAGUACAAACGGCUCCUCUCAUGCGUUAAAUGGCUCGGCUGCGUCUCCGUCCCAGAAGGCGGCUUUCUCCCACACCCUGAAUGGCCAGGGCGCUUUUGCAACAUCCCACAGAGGCGUACGCACAAACGGAUCGCAAAAGGCGUCAGUCGGCCCUCCUUCAUACUUUGGGCAUGAUCGGGAAGAGGUUACCCGAAUCCUUAUUCAGAGCUUAUUCGAACUUGGCUAUGAUGGCGCUGCGACACUGUUGAGCAAGGAGAGUGGGUAUCAGCUGGAAAGCCCAGCCGUUGCUACAUUUCGGAAUGCAGUGCUGGAGGGACGGUGGACGGAGGCGGAGCAUAUACUGGUGCAGUCCUUCUAUCCAGACGGAGGUGGUCGGGGAGGUAGUGGCGUCGACCAAGGGACGAAUAAAGAGAAGCUGGUGCUGGUGGAACACGCUCAGAAGAACGAAAUGCUCUUCUAUUUACGGCAGCAAAAAUUCCUUGAGUUGUUGGAAGCCCGUGAUUUGGCGGCGGCCUUAAUAGUUCUGCGGCAUGAACUAACGCCGUUGAAUUAUGACAUAGGCCGGUUGCAUGCUCUUUCCAGUCUUCUCAUGUGUCCUCUGGAGCACCUCCAUGACCAGGCUGGUUGGGAUGGUCCCAUAAGCUCUUCUCGAGAGCGUUUAUUAUCAGAACUGUCAAGGUCAAUAUCACCCUCUGUGAUGAUUCCCGACAAUCGUCUCGCAAUCUUGCUAGACCACGUUAAGCACAACCAGAUCAACCAAUGCCUAUACCAUAACACUGCAUCUCCCCCCUCGUUAUAUUCAGACCACAUGUGUGACCGCAAGGACUUCCCUCUGCGGGCAAGCAUCGAGUUAAGCCAACAUUCCGACGAGGUCUGGUGGUGUCAGUUCUCGAAUGACGGGACCAAGCUGGUCACGGCAAGCAAGGACCAGACGGUGAUCAUCUACGACACGAGCACCUUUGCUGUGCUGCAAAGGUUAUUGGGCCAUGAAGACGGUGUUGCGCAAUGUUCAUGGAGCCCUGAUGACUCUAAGAUUAUCACAUGUUCACAAGACAAGACAGCUCGGGUUUGGAGCGUUGAGACUGGUCGUUGCCUUCUGACCAUCAACCAACACCGUCAUCCAGUGACAGCUGCAGCAUGGGCUCCUGAUGGAGAAUCUUUCGUAACGGGCGCUCUUGAUGUAAACGCGCAGCUAUGUCAUUGGGGCAUGCGUGGUCAGACUCUGUACGUCUGGCCUGACGGCUUCCGCGUUCAAGACUGUGCUAUCACGCCCGACGGGCGGCGCCUCAUCGCCGCGGAUCUUGACCAAAAGGUCCACGUUUAUAAUUUUGCUACUCGCGAGGAAGAAUAUUGCCUCGCACUGAAAAGCAAACCAACUUCGGUCGCUGUUAGCAGGGACUCGCGCCAUAUGCUUAUAAAUUCCGCCGAUGGUCAAAUACAGCUUGUUGACAUCAACACCACCGACGUGGUACGGCGCUUCUCAGGGCAAAAGCAGGGCCAUUUCGUCAUCCGCAGUGUCUUCGGUGGAGCCGCUGAGAACUUCAUUGUCAGCGGAAGUGAAGAUUCUCGAGUUUACAUCUUCCAUAAAGAAGCCGGGACGCUAGUGGAAGCCUUGGAAGGGCAUAUACGAGGUUGCGUAAAUUCGAUGUCCUGGAAUCCCCGAGAUCCCGGAAUGUUCGCUUCCGCGGGGGAUGACUGCUUGGUUAAAAUCAGGCAAGCACAGGGCCGUGUCGACAGGUGGCUUUACUCGUACCAGCGCACUACGGUCAACAUCCAGCUUCAAUUAAACCCCGUUCCUAGGAAGGAGCAUGCAGUCAUACAUCAUUUACCAAACUUGGAGGCUCUCUAA